UCCAAUUCCACAAGUGCAUAGGCCAGCAAGCCGCUCACAAUGCUCUCCAUCCAGCCGUCCAAGCCGCAAAAGUGCACUCCUAAUCUGCUGCCCGCUCGCAUCAACCACAACGGUCCCAUUUCCUCGACACCGCAGUACUGGAAGCCCUCGACCGACUCCAGAGGCACCCAACACGCCUACUUCCGCGGCCGCCAUCUCUACGGCACCGCGCUUCCUCUGCCAGAAAGCUACACGGGUGCGGUCCUCACCGUUACCGACAAGCAAUUACCGCAGGCCAGAGCACAGGCGCAAUCGCACGGGGAAGACGACGACAUGGAAGACGGGAACGAGGAAAACGACCGAGAUGAGAGCAUGCCUGUCGAAGUCAUGAUUGCAGAGCAAGUGGGUGAAUUCAACGAGGUUGUUGUGUGGGGCCAUGGCGGCGAGGUGGAUGCCGGGCAAGACAUGUUUGUCAGGGGGUUAAGAGAGUGGGUAGGAUUUGCAGAGAGCAUGCAUAUUGACGAUGAUGAGGAAGAAGAAGAGGAGACUCAGAAGGAGAAAAAA